AUGACUCUCUGGAUCAAACCUUCCGCUUUGCUGGCGCACAGUCUGCUCGCGUUUUCGCGCGGUAGCCACGCCGAGAUUGCUAUUGUUGAGCUCCGCAUCGUUUAUGGCUAUCUUGUUCUUGGCAUGAGCGCAGAUGGGGGAUCCAUCGCUGCGAGCGUCGUCAGCACUCGCCAGCUUUCUGCAAAUACUUGGCAGCACAUCGCUGCUCGCAUCAACGGGACCACCGUCACCUUGUUCCUGGACGGCGAGCUUGUGGCAACGGGAAGCAUGCCAGCGAUCCCCGCUUGGUCUACUCUGUCUCUUGGUGGCCGUCCCAAUGGGGAUACCACACUUGCGUAUGAGGGCCUGCUGGACGGCGUGCGCCUCUACGACACAGCCAUUUCAGCUCCUGCGGUGGCUGCGCUAGCCCGCGUAACCCAAGAGCUUCCCACUCCUCUGUUUGUCGACUUUCCAGUUUCUGUCAAUGACACUCGAGUGGCAGGGAUGUGGCGCUUUGAACAGACCUCGGGCAAUUUAGUCCUGGACAGCAGCGGGCUAAAUCUGCACUUGCUUACACCGCCGGGUGCCGUAUGGGACUCAUCGUUUCGCCAGGGCCUGUAUCUAGCCGGCGCUGGCGAGCUGGCCACUGCCUUACCCUCAAAUGCCUACCUCUCCUUUGCCAUGGAUCUAGUGUUUACCCCACAAACUGUAUCAGGAAACCAGGCUCUCUUUGCGCUCUCUGAUGGCCAGACAGAUGUUGUGGCUCUCUACGUGAUCGACGGCAUUCCUGCACUCUACGUGCGAGACUCAGUCAGCCAGGAUGUGCACUGGAGCAGUGUUCGUUUGCCUCUGGCACAGCCCCAUGCCGUGCUCGUGACAUACGAUCACGCUCAACAUCAGCUAACCCUUUUCGUGAAUGGCACGCUUGAGGCCACGGCUUCGAUCAAUAUUAAUCGACCCGGAUUUGUUCAGCUGGUUUUGGGAGGGCGUUCCAGCGCCUUGGGCUCGCCUUACUAUGCCAAUGUUACGCUGCACCACGCCGCGUUGUACAACAUUGCGCUCCUGCCUGCCUCAACUAGCUCGAUGCCCACGCGCGAGGCUACCACCACGCCUGAGGCUACCACCACGCCCGAAACGGAUGAUGGUAGUGGGCUCGAUGCCACAUCUACGACUCUAGUCCAGACUUCUGUUCCUCAAACUUCUUCAAGUACCAUCGGCACUACCACAGGGCAGUACCGACAGCACGGUUGGGGCGACGGCAGAACCGACUUCUGCGUUCUCCACAUCUUUCGUUUCCGAUCUGCCAGCGACGACAUCUACAACACGGGGCGCUGCGACUACCCAGCCUUCAACCACUGUGGCUGCAAGCAGAGAGCCGACGUCCUCUAUGCCACAUUUCUCAACUUCAGGUGUGGCCUCAACGACGCCCGGGACAACAAGCAUGUCCUCGACACCGCCAAGCACACCUGCUUCGAGCUCAGGCUCGGCGAGUGCGACACCCUCAACAAUUACUCCCAAGCCGACCUCUCCUCUGAUCGUGACGACAAGCACGGCGCCACAAGGUGUGAGCAGCACGGCAAGUGGAGAUGGUUCGCUCUCCUCGACGAGUUUGCCUGCAGCGAGCACAGUAGAGGUCACUUCGAGCAUCGGCAGCGGUGCUGGUGGCAGUGUGUCACCAAGCACAGCGCCGGGCCUUCCUCUCCUUCCACGGAUGCAACAACCCCAAGCACCACGCGGAGCAAUGGGGAAAGGUCGACCACGAUGUCAAGUACGACGACAGGCUCGGACACAAGUAGCGGCGAUGCUGGCCUAUCGUCAACUUCAACUUCAACAACAACAACAACAACAGCAGCGACCAGCGCAGGCAGUGGUGAUGCCAGCCUUUCUUCAACCGCAACUCUACGCCCCACACGCACAGCGCUGCCGACGACAGCCACUUUAGUAUCCUCAUCCUCAGCAGCACCCAGCACGGACGCAGCGAGAACAACCUCGAGUUUUGUGACAUCAGCUUCCACCUCGGACUUUGGCUCGGGAAGUGGCGAUGUCGGCUUGGGUUCGACCGUGCCCUCAACCACAAGUAGCAGGGAAGAGACAACUCUGGUGACAACGCCGGUGACGACGCCGGUGACGACGCCGGUGAUGACUCCGGUGACCACUCUGGGGCCAGCGACAACGACAGAACCGGAUGCAGGCAGUGGGUCAACCUCCACGCUCCCGGUCAGUCCGAGUAACAGCCCAGAAGUGAGCACAGCGGCACACAGCACAAGUACGAGUACGACAGCCGCCCCAUCGACCAAUGACGCUACGACAACGUCCACCAGGGCCACGGUGCCCACGGUUGGGCCGCCGACAACGUCGACGGCUGGAACGACUACAACGGUUGUGACGGAAACGUCCGAAACCACGCCAGCAGCGAGCACGACCGCAGAUGGCAGUGUCAGCGACACUGUCGCUCCAACCUCAUCGACUGUGGCGACAUCAGACGCCGGCUCAGGUGGCAGCGGCGAACAGCUUUCCACUGUCUCAAGCUCGACAGGGCCGAUUUCGACGGAGCCGGUUACUGGUAGUGGAGACGACGGCUUGUCCACCCCUUAUUCAUCUAGCCCCUUGACAACAUCGACGACGCCCACCGAUGCAGGCAGCGGCGAUAUGAACUUCUCCUCAACGGUGGUAACAGCAAGCACUUUGGCGUCAUCGACCACAACCGGUGGGGCCAACGGCAGUGGUGACCAUGCUUGGACUUCGACGACGAUUGCGAACCGCGAGACUACUGACGCUGGUAGUGGUGAUGUAACAAUGACCUCGACAACGGCUGUCACGUCUACCGAGGCCGUGACCUCUUUGCCAGCCACAACAAACAGUCCUGUUCCGACCCCAGCGUUUCCUACCACCACCAUGCCAACUGCUACCACUUCACAUAGUCCGAUGGAGAGUACUAGCACGCUGGUUGGGUCAACGGGCGUUCCGACCACGUCGAUGGUGGACGAAAAUGAAAGUGGAAGCGGUGACAGCAGCGGGGAUGCGGGAGUGUCGACGCUUACGACUAGCUCAGCCACCUCAUCGACGGCCAGCAGCACGACUGCCACUGUGACAUCGGCAAGCACAAGCCUGAGCUCGAGCGAUUCCGCAUCAACAACCACGACGUCUACCCAAGGGCAAACUGAGGACCCUGGCAGUGGUCAGGGAAGCGGUGACAUGUCUACGUCAACCACCAUGUGGCAGACAAGCACCACUAGUGAGAGUGGGUCAGGGACGUCGACUCUGCCCAUCUUUUCCACAAGCCUUUCCACUCAAUCAGACCAACAAACCUCAACCCUUCCGCCUACAACGUCGGCCGCUCCUAGGACCACCACAGCUGCACCAAUCUCCGUUGUCACGACGGCAACCACCACAGAUGCAUAUGUUGUAACGGCAAGCACAACAACUCCCCCCUCGACGUCUGAUGCGGCCUCAGGUAGCGGCGAAGCCUCUGACUCCAUCGGAGUCAGCAAGUGCGUCCUUGGUUUCGACUGCAAGUACCACUGCGUCGGGCGACGGCGAGGGCGAGGGCGAAAGCGGAAGUGGCACCAUGUUAACGACGCCAGCAACGACGCUAGCAACGACAGCAACAACGGCAGCAACAACGACAGCAACGACAACAACGACAGCAACGACGACAGCAACGACAGCAACGACGACAGCAACGACGACAGCAACGACGACAGCAACGACGACAGCAACAACGACAGCAACAACCAUGCUGCCACGAACAACAAGUGUCACAUCCACAUCUCCAGUGCCAACAACCACGACUGUGAUUGUUCGAGCACUCCCUUCGUGCCUGGCUCCACUUCUUUCUCGACAGCUACGACCUUGCCCACGACCACGUCCUCUAGCGCACCCUCAACAUCCAGGACUGAGACCACCUCGCCCGAUACUGUCACAUCGUCCAACCCAACUACAGCACAGGCCACCACGACGCCCCUGGAGCAGUCGGGUAGCGGUGAGGAGGUGCUGACCACAACCUUGCUUCCCUCCACAACCACUGAGCUCACUACGGGCUCUUCUAAGUCAUCAACUGGGACAACCACGGCAGCGGGCACAACAACGCCUACGUCGACGAUUGCAGCCACGACCUCAUCUUUCGUUGAUUCAACGCCACGAACGACAUCGGCCUCCUCGACAACGCCCCAUACUACCACGGUCCUCUCAACAGACUCGAAUACAGGCAGCGGCGACGACACAUGGACCACCGCAAGCACUUCGUUUAGUACAGUUCCUACUUCGACGCCGUCUGCCAGCGGCUCAGGCGAGCUUACCACCUCUGUUCGUACCACAACAAGUGCGAGCCCAGCAACCACGAGUUUGAGCGUCACGACAACAAGUACGACGGCCGAGACAGACACAAGCACACUAUCCGCGCUCAAUACGACAAUUGCAUCAUCACCAAGCUCAAGCCCUAGGCCUUCAUCGAGCACGACUUUUGCAGAAGUGAGCUCCAAAGCCACGACGACCACGGGCACGACGACCACGGGCACGACGACCACGACCGCGGGCACGACGGCCACGGGCACGACGACGCUGGACACGACGUCAACCGACACUACGACGCCAGCAGACACUACGACGCCAGCAGACACUACGACGCCAGCAGACACUACGACGCCGGACACGACCACGACGGAGGCAAUCACGACGUCAGACAGCAUAGUCAUCAACACGACAAUCAUGAGCAACACAUCUCUAGCAGACGAUCGUUAUUUUCAGCUUCACUUUGGGGUUGCACUCGAGGACGUUCCCGAGGGAUUUGGGCAGCAGGUUGAAGAUACGGUAUCGGCCAUUGUCAAUGCCGCGCUCUCCGGUCGGCGCAGUGUGGUGCAAACCGUGGUUACGAGUAUCACGCGGUCCGAAUCAGACCCACAAAGUACCACUACAGUGCGCGGUUACUCCACCUUUGGUGACCAGAUUUUGGCUGGGGUGGACGUCGAGUCGUAUGUCAGUGAUGCAGGCGCCGCUCAGCUGGACGGUUUUGGCUACACUUUGACUGGGACCGGCGCCAGCACUUCAGAUCCCAAUCCGAGUAGGGAAGGUGCCAACGAUGACAGCAAUGUCAUUUGGGUUGCCGUGGUUUCUGUCUUGGCAGUCCUGCUUUUGGUUGCCGUCAUCGUGGCAUUGAUCUAUUCCCGAGGGCGCCGCCGCGAAGAAACAUACGUGCUGGAUCAUAGCACUCUGGCAAGAUCUGAUGCAUCUGCGCCGGAAGAGCGAGCAUUAGCGGUGCCUUCCACGGUACGGGUGCACAACAAGCUUGCCUUUGUUUCCUCGCCAUCACACCAUUUCUCAACCACACAGCGACGCGGUAGCGAGGUGGGCGUGUCGCCAGCCAGUUUGGUACCACCCUUCUUGAAUAUUCCGCCGCCACCGACAUCAGCCCAAGAGCCCACAAGCGUGCUAGCCACAGAGCUGUCUCCUUCAGCAAGUGCAUGGCCGGCCGCGCCCUCCGACGCUGCGCGCCCCCGAAUGCCCACAACGCGCACACUCUCCGUUCAGUCAGAUAUGCCAGGCCACCUGCAGGGGCGCAGCCGGCAUUACCAGCCAACGACAUCGGUGUCCUCGCUCGAACUCAGAGCCAGUGGUGCCAGGGGCUGGGCACGCGCCGAGGCGGAGCGGACAAUUCCAGCCAAUUUGCAGCGGAUUCAAAUUCGAAGCGCCAGCUUCAGCGAGCUCAUCCCAUCGGAUGCCUCGAGCUUAUCCGAUGAGGAGGGUUCUGUUUUUGCAAGUUCAGGAGCAAGUGCCAACUUUGCAAAACAGCAACAGCAUCAACAUCAGCAGCAACCGAAACAGCCCUUGCAUGGCCGCGUUCGUGCAUGGAGUAGCAACACGCAAUCAACGACAGUGGGCUCAUCUUUACCAGUCUCUGUCAGCUCCGAGUCACCUCCAUCGCCGACAAACACAACGGCACCUCACAGUCUAUGGCCUGCGUUGCGACAUGUGGUGGCUGCCAGCGCGCCCAGCGAAUCACUGCGCCAGCAAGCCCGUCGCGCCGAAGCCCGCCAAAUGCUGGAGGAUCGCCUGCAGCGUUUCCAUGCUCGCCAACGACCGACAAGCGUUAUGGUGGAUGAUUUCUUGAGCAUCAAUAGUGGUCGUAGUGCCACUCUCUAUGCCAAGCGAAAAGCACUACGUCCUACAAUUCUGCCAGCUGCUUCCGAGAGCUUGACCGAGCCCGUGGCACGAGCGUGGGCAGCAGAGCUACCCACAUCUACACGGCGUCCAUCUGAGCCUCAGACGGUCAGUGUGGCAGAAGCGCCUGGCAUGGUCCCUGAGGCGCACUCGACGCCCAUUGCUCAAGCCAUUCCCAGGGCCAGCAGACAACAGUCAUAUGAUGGUGCUGCCCUGCCGCAAACCUCGCCGGAUCGGCUCUUUGGUUCCACCGUGCCCGUCAAAGGGCACGGGCGAGAGAGCUACUCCGACUUUGCCACGCCCGAACGCGCCGCGUUUCAAGAGCUUGAUAGCGCCAUGGCUGCUUUUGCUGCAGGCGGCGCUCCACGUCCUUUCAGCGCCCGGAGUCGCCGAAAGUCCACAUUGUUUGCCAAUGAGGUGGCCCGAGGCGAGCCCGUGCCGGUCGUAGGGCGUGAUGGACGCCUUGGGCUAGCAGAGCCAAUUGAACGGCCUAGCGGUGAGACGCAUUGGGCUGCCGUCUAUGAUGAGGCCAACAGUGGCGAGAAUGAUGUCUUUUUGGAUGGUCAGACGAAUGACGGCGCCGGUGAGAACAACAGUGGGCCAAAUGCCGUGCUGCCACCGGCCCUGAGUCGGCCUUGGAGUGAGGGCGUGGCGGAAGCUGACGAAAGUUCCACGUUUCACAACAAUUCUUCACGUGUUACGACGCGGCCUGCAUCACGAUCCUCGCUUUGGGAUUUGUGGCGUGAUCGCCGCCAGCGCUUGAGCUUUAUUCAGCGCGCACACUCGGUAUCCACACCAUUUUCGCCGUCAGCCAACGAUUUGUCUUCUGACGAAGACGAUGGUUUUGAGGUUUAGGCACACACCAGACCUCUCUGUUCAUCUGCGCAUCAGCAGAUCUUUUUGAGUUUUUCUUUUGGUUCCCCCUCCUUUUUUUCAUUUUUUUUAUUUACAUCAGAUGUCAGUUUGUUUUCCUGUCGACGUUGUCGUGCUUCUGCCAU